UGGGACAGAAGAGGCGCACAACGAGCGCGAGCUUCGGCAGCAACGAAGCGCAGAUCCCCACUGUCCUCCACCGACCUCCGACAACUCCAACAACCCACAACCACAGCAGCCAUGACGGAACACACGCGUAUUCUCAUGUGGCUGCAACUUUUGGCGGCUUGUCUGGUGUUGGCAGUGAACGGUGAUUACUGUGAGGUGAAUAAUUGCAGUAAUGGUGGAACCUGUGUUACUGGAGCAGGAACUCCGUUCAUCUGUAUCUGCCCUGACGGCUUCUCUGGAGAAACCUGCAACGAGACGGAGACUGGGCCCUGCAAGCCUAAUCCCUGCAAGAACGAUGCCAUCUGCGAGGUGACGGGCCAAUCCCGCCGAGGUGACGUGUUCAGCGAGUACGUCUGCAAGUGUCAGCCGGGCUUUGAAGGUGUCCACUGCCAGAACAGUGUCCAAGGAGCAGAAUUAAGUUCUCAAAAAGAUAUAAACGACUGUGCCGGCCAGCCAUGUGAGAAUGGAGGCACCUGCAGGGACCUGGAAGGAGAUUUCAAAUGCCACUGCCGUUCGCCUUAUGUGGGCAAACACUGCCAACUCCGCUGCAUUUCUCUGCUUGGCAUGGAGGGAGGGGGCAUCGCUGAAUCCCAGAUCUCAGCCUCAUCAGUCCGCUACACCCUGCUGGGCCUGCAACGCUGGGGACCUGAGCUCUCCCGCCUCCACAACAAGGGGCUGGUUAAUGCCUGGAGCGCUGCUGCACAUGACAGGAACCCAUGGAUAGAGAUGAACUUGCAGAGGAAAAUGCGUUUCACAGGUAUCGUGACUCAAGGUGCCAGUCGCAUCGGAACAGCAGAGUUCAUUAAGGCCUUCAAGGUGGCCUCCAGCCUGGACGGCAGGACAUUCACCAUGUACAGAACCGAAGGACAGAGACAGGAUAAUGUAUUUGUGGGAAACGUUGACAAUGACGGCACCAAGACCAACUUGUUUGACCCUCCAAUCAUUGCCCAGUUUAUCCGCAUUAUCCCUGUGGUGUGUCGCAAGGCCUGCACCAUGCGCAUGGAGCUGGUGGGCUGUGAGCUAAAUGGUUGCUCUGAGCCGAUGGGCAUGAAGUCCCGACUGGUGUCUGACCGCCAGAUCACAGCCUCCAGCACCUUCCGCACCUGGGGCAUCGAGGCCUUCAACUGGCACCCUCACUAUGCCCGACUUGACAAGCAGGGCAAGACGAACGCCUGGACCGCCGCCUCAAACAACCGAUCUGAGUGGCUGCAGGUGGACCUCCUGGCUCCCAAAAAGAUCUCAGGAAUCAUCACACAGGGGGCCAAGGACUUUGGCGCCAUUCACUUUGUAACGGCCUUCAAAGUGGCUCACAGUGACGACGGGAAGUCCUGGACCAUCGUGAAGGAUGAGACCACAAAUACAGACAAGAUCUUCCCCGGCAACAGCGACAACAACGUUCACAAAAAGAACAUCUUGGAGCCGCCGAUCUACGCUCGAUAUGUCCGUAUUCUGCCGUGGGAGUGGCACGAGCGCAUCACCCUGCGAAUGGAGCUCCUGGGCUGUGACGAAUAACUCCGCCAUAUAUCAGUCUCUCCUCUCCUCUUCCCUUCGAUACCCCUCUCUACCUCCCCCCCAUCACUUCCUUCCUCCUCCCACCUCUCUCCUCUUUCCUCUCUCCCUUGUCACUCCUGAGCCACACCUGCACUGCCUUGCUCUCAGCCCUAGGGGGCAGCAAACACCAGAGUAGCACCUCACCACCCCCACCCAGAGGUGGGAGACGUUACCCCUCACCACUGUCACUGGGGCCUAGAGUUUAGCUCCUGUGUCCCUUCAUUUUUCGUUAGCUGAAAAAAACCGGAGCAAAUAUGUGACGACUUCAAGAAGUGUCCGUGUCUCUUCUGGAGUCAGAUUCGUUUUUGUCUCACCUACAUGCUAAAUGAAAGUUGAUCCCUGUGUCAGAGGUCAGGGGUAACACUACUGCUGCUGUAUCAGUUGGUGCUGCCUGAUCCUACAUCAGUUCUACCUGAAACGUUGAACCUCCAAGACCCACGGCUGGUGAUGUACAUAAGCUCCAUUUAACCGCUUGCACACUUGAUCCCCCCCCCCCCAACACACACAGAAUAUAUAUUAUCUUCAGAUAAUACAGUACAUUGAUGCUUUUGAUUGAUUAUUGCUCUUGUUGAGACAAUUUCUGUGUUUGUUGAGAAAAUAUAAUACACAAAAUAUUCUGGUCCCUGCAGUUCAUAUUCUCUACAACAUUAAAGGUUAACAGUGUUAGAGUUGGUUAAACAUAUACUGUAUGUGUAGUAGCCAAUAACAGAAUCUGUCUAGAUUCUACUUGUAUUUGUACUGAACCUGUAUGUGAAUCUGUGGUCCGGUUUUUACAAAGUUACAUGUGAAUGACUUUGUUGCUUUUGGCCUCAUCAGGGUGAAGUUUUGUGCCAAACACACCCUCGUUUUUUUUUUUCUUCCUGUGGGUUUCUGUAGAAAAACACUGCACUGAUGUAGAUCCACACUAAACCUAAAGAAGAAUCGACUACAUUCAUUCAUUAUGUGGAACAUAAUCAGUCAAUGAACCAUCACACCCAGUCGAACCAUCACACUCAGUCGAACCAUCACAUUCAGUCGUUUAAAGAGUUUCAAAUCUUUAGUGAACAAGUUCAAAAGAAAUAGAGAUUUCCAUGUGCUGCUGCCGUGAGUUGUGAGAUCUUCAGCCCUAAAAAGACAUUUAAGUCUUACAUUACUCAUUCAGAAAAUUACUGUGCAUUUACGUGCUCCUUGGAAGGUCCAACUUCCAGAGUUGUGAAGUUGUUCUCCCAACUGCAGUGUGUGCAUGUGUUUGAAGUUGGAAUGUUGAAAAAGCAUGGACGCUGUAAAACAAAAUGUGUAGUAUCUAUAUGCUUUGAGCCUUUAAACAUUAUCGCGGCACCUAGUUCCAACAUUUAAAUCAUAACGCUGAGUGCAAGCCGUGCAAGCGACAAAAGUGUAACACUUGACAAGUUUGACAAACUAGAGCCCACUGUUUAAAGCUGAUUGUUAAAUUAUGUUAAUUGGGUCUUAAGUGAUGAAAUUGGCCACUUGGUAACUCUUUUUCCAGUGGAUAACCAAUGUUUCUGAUUAUUCCAUUUCCAGAAUAACUCAAUUAUUUCACCUUUGUUUGGCAGUAAUUUAAAUUUUCGUCUUGAGCAGUAUGUUUGAAGAGGAGUGACCGUCACAGGAAGCUCGUGUUGAUCUUUCUCACUUCACGUUUGAUCUGGCUGACAGGAUUUCUCAAAUAACACGUAGCACUCAUGGAAUAAUUACAUUAAGUCGAUACUCUUCCAACAAUUCCUCGUAUGACCCGCUGGUUAGCCUCAUAAACUGAAAGUUAACAAGGCUGCAAAUUGGAACAUGAAACAGUGGAUGACUUGGCUCAGUGCAGAUCUGCUCCUCAUGUACAGCGAAUGCUACUGAAACACCACUUAUCCCCUCACUCAGCUGUGCUUCUAGUUGUGUUCACCUACUUUCACUUUUUUAAGGCACUUUGAUGUUUGUGUUUUGAUAUUUGAAAUAUAUGAAAACCAAAAAAAAGAAAACUGUAUUGUGUACAUUGAAGAACGAACCGUAAACAUAAAACAUAGUCAUUACAACAUGUAAAGGAUAAAAAAAAUUAAGAGACGAAAAUAGACUUGCUGUUUCUUUGAUAAACUGAGUUUUGAAAGUCUAGUGAUUAGUGUUAAUAUGUGACAUGCAUAUACACAGUACUUUAGUACAGGAGUGUGUUCAUAUUAGAUGUUUGCUGCCGACCAUUUAUUUAGGGUCCAACACUUAGCCUCCGGUUGAAAGCUGUGGUCCUGCUGAUAAGACUGAAAGAGAGAAACCAAAUUAAAAGCGAUUUUUACGCUUCCACCGGACAUGUGACAUGAACCGCCCUAUCAUCUGCUUCUGCAAGCAGCCCCCCCCCCCCCCCCCCCCCCCCUUGUCACAGUAUUCUAAACCGCUCCACCCCAUGAAUUAUGAAUUAUGGGCUUGUGCAAUAUUACACUGUUAGUUUCGAUAACAAUGAAUAUUAAAUUAGAGAUCUUUAAAAAUGCAUGAGGGGAUAGCGGUGUCAUCGAGAGGCUGGGAUGGCUGAUGGUGUCAAACACUGUACAAUAUUUAUUAUUGUCGCAGACGUUUCCAUGAGCAGCCACCCUUGUUAUCCACGACUGCAUGCUUUCUAUUGACUCGUGAUGUGGAGCCCAUCUGAAUUUAUGGUGACACAGCUUCAUUUUUUUCUAGAUGUCCAUCAACAUACAAAUUAUUGUACUUCUCUUGUUUGUCCGCUCUUCAGGUUUUCUAUGAUGGAUUAAAAAAAAAUUGAAAAUUUAUGACGCUGAUGUGUUAUGGUAUUAUAUGAGUUUGUUUCUUGCUAUUUUGACUGUUAACCUUACAGAAUUUUGCUUGAAUUUUUUUUAUUCCAGUGUUGUGUUUCUAAGAGGAUUCCUUUAUGUUUGGCCUUUGUAUCUUAAAAUGAAGAAUAAAUAAAGAAUUUUGAAAAACA